AUGAACAGUGUCAAAUCAAGCAUGAAGAUGAACAGUCCUCUGCCCAAGGACCUUGCCGACCCCAUCGCAGCAAAAGGCGUCGACAACAUUAUUCCGACUGACAUUCUCUCCAAAGCUCAAGGACUCGCUAUUUUUACCGUCGUCAAAGCAGGAUUCCUCUUUUCAGGCAGAGCGGGCUCUGGUAUCGUUGUUGCUCGUCUCGAGGAUGGCUCCUGGUCUGCACCGUCAGCCAUUGGAACCGGCGGCAUGGGCUUUGGAGGACAGAUUGGAGCAGAGAUCACAGACUUUGUCGUCGUUUUGAACAACAAAAUGGCUGUCAGGUCUUUUGCCACAGGCGGAAACGUCACUCUUGGAGGCAACUUGUCUGUUGCUGCUGGACCUAUUGGUCGUACAGCUGAGGCUGGAGCUUCUGCCAGUGUCAAGAGCGUUGCUGCCAUCUACUCUUACAGCAAAUCCAAGGGUCUCUUUGCAGGUGUGUCGAUUGAGGGAUCGGUCAUUGUAGAGAGAAAGGAUGCCAACGAGGCCUUCUAUCGUCAAAAAGUCUCUGCCGCAGAGUUGCUUUCGGGAUCCAUCACUCCUCCUCCUCAGGCCGAUAUUCUCUACAGAGCUCUCAACAGCAGAGCCUCGGGAGGCGCUGUCUAUGGAAUCCACCGUGCACCGUCGUCUGCAACAGGAUACGGUGAUGACUCUUUGUCUGCCUCGCCAGGUAUUGGGCGCAGUGUCAGCGUUUCAAGCGCAGGACGGUAUGGCAACCCUGGUGGAUAUGGUGGUAGCCAGACUGGACUGGGACGGUCGGCAUCGAAUGCAGCUAGCUACAACAACAAUAACAACAACAGCAACGGCAACAACUAUAACGGCUUCCAGGGCGCAUCGUUGGCAGAGGAGAAGGAGCGGGAAAGCGAAGCAGACGCUCUUCCUCGCUACACACCAUCAGCUGUGCGCAAGCCCAUUGCUGGCCGAGUCUCGACAGACAACAGCGGCUACCCGGCAACACACAACCAGAACAUAGCCAACAUUGCCAACUCGACAGGACCCAGGAUUCCUCCCCGCAUUGGUGCCAAGCCUGACGUUGUGACGGCAUUGUUUGACUACAAUGGUGAACAGCCAACGGAUCUGUCGUUCAAGAAGGGCGAUGUGAUUACUGUUGUCAAGAAGACGGACAGCCGCAACGACUGGUGGACAGGAAAGUGUCAUGGCAAGGAAGGAUCCUUCCCUGCCAACUACACCCAGUAA